AUGGCAUCUCAAUUUUCAGAUAUAUCAAGGCUAUCUGUAAACUCUGCUGCUUUAAUCAAAUCAGCAUAUCAGCUGAAUGAUAAUAAACUUUAUAAAAUGAUUGAAGACAUAGAUGAUGAUACAAUGCAUAAAAUAUGGGGAGGAUUAGGCCUGCAUAUUUCAAGAUAGAUGAGAAUGGGGAGAGGUGUUUUAAUUCAUAAAUUUGGAUUGUUUACAUUUGGUCCUACUGACUUUAACAAAGAUGGAUUUGCAUCUUAAAAAUUAAGAGAAAAACAAAAGAGAUAACCAGUAUUUUUAGUUUCUGCUGAUUUUGUAAAAGGAUUAGGGUUAAAAUAAAGUAUUUAUAGCGAAGUGACCUCAUAACUUAGACCAUAUAGUUUAGUUACAAGUGGAUAAGUUUAAUAAGUAACAGUUAACUUUAGUGAAAUUUCAAAUCUCAUAUCAGUAGACCCAAUAAAAUGCAAAGCUGGAGUAAAUAGGAUGAUUUCUACUUUGGCUUCCAAAAUAAAUAGUAAUGGAUAAGCUGAUUUGGAAAUUCCUGGAAUAGGCUUUUUAAUUGUUAGAAAUAAUAUGUGUGGAGUGAAUUUUCAUCAGAGCUUUAUAGCUAGUACAUAGUAUUCAACUAACCUUGCUCUUGAUGAAAGAAAAGAAAAAGGAGAAAUGACAUUAACAGCUGCUAAUUUGAGUGUGUUAGAAUACAGAAAUAAAUUUUCUAGCUUGUCGCCAGAAAAGUUGGAGCAGAAUAAAUCUAUGAUUGAUAUUGCUUCAUCAGUUAAUUCUUACUUAAGGAAUAAUCUCGGAAUAAAUUUAUAAGGCAUAAUUAAUGAUUAAAAAAAAUAAGUUUAAAUCGAAGAACAAUUUUCACCUAUAAAACAAAGAAAUCAUAAUCAAUAAUAAAAAUCUCUAUCUUUUAUUAACGAGAACUAAUUUGCAAGAGAUCCAAGCAACAAGAAAAAAAAUCUUUCUUAAGCCGAAAUAUCUCAUAAAUCCAUGAAAACUUAACUCAGUUUUCAAAGUGAAAUCUAUAACUUAAACAAGCCAAUGUGUUAAAGAAUCAUAUAAUUCUGGAUGAGAUAAAACCAUUUAGAUGCAGAAAGAGGUUUUAUACAAUUGUGUGAAAAGGGCUUUGCCUCAUCUAAAAAUUUUUAGUUCUUAAAGUUAGAUUUUCAAAAUUUUUAGACCUGCAUUUAAUAAAAUGAAAUCAAACUAACACCAGAAUUGAUAUAGGAAGCUUUUAAACUUUUAGAUGAAAAGUAAAAGAAUUAUAUUGACUAUAUAGACUGGCAAAAAGUUUUUGGAGAAUAUUUACCCUCUUAAAUUAGGCAUUUAGAUUACAUAAGAGAUGUCAUCUUUAAAAAAGGACUUAGGACAGAUGAUAUCUUAAAAACUUGUAAAUUAAGUAGAGAUUCUGCACCUUUGAAUAAAAAAGACCUCAUAUAAAGCAUGAAAUAAAUUUGCUUAACAAUUGAUGAUUCAAAAGCUGAAAAAAUAGCAGACACUAUCUUAUCAAUAACAGGAUAAAGUUAGAUAUCAGUUCAUUAGUUAGUCUAACAUUUGCAAUCUAUUGAAGAAGAUGAUAAAGAGCACGAUCCUUCUUGGUUUAAAAAUUUGCUAUGGAGGUUGAAGCUAAAAUUUACUGAUUAAGAAUUGCUUGAAGAUUUAAAGCAACUUUUUAUAUAAUAUGAUGAGCAUUAAUAAGGCUUAUUAGAUGUUGCAAGCUUUAAAAUUUGUAUGAUAAAAAGUAAGCUAAAGCUUAGUAUAUCUGAAGUAAACAGAAUGAUAAGAUACUUAAAAAAAGAUUCUAAUGAGAGAAUAGAUUAUUUUAACUUUUUACAAUCCAUUUCAACAAUAGAAGCAACAAGAGUUCCAAAAGAAAGAAUUUUUGAUAGAGGUGAUUUCAUGUAAAAGCUAAAAAAUCAUUAUUAAUAAUUUGAGUCUGCAGAACAUUUUUUAAAGUCAGUACACAAAAGUGUUAAAUUAGAAGGUGAUAAUUCAAAUAAUUUAAAAGUUUCAUAUUAAAAAUUUGCUUUUUAUCUCGGAAAUAACAUAUUUAAAGAUGAGAAUUUAGAGUUUUUAGAAUCUUUUGUAAAGUAGAUUGAUUAUAGCAGAGAUGAUUUUAUUGAUAUCUAUGAUAUACAGUAAUACAUAAAAAAUGGGAAAUAUAUUGAGUAAGUCCUUGCACUUCCAAGUCAAAUCAAAUAAAAUCCUAUGCAAACUAUAGAUUAUCUUCCUGCUGUUUAAUAUGAUUAAAAGAAAAUUGAAAAGUAGACCAAUAACCACUCUAAUUCUACUUUUAUUAACAAUUACACUUAUUAGUUUACAACUAACUCUAGUUUAAAAUAAAAUGAAGAUAGAUAAUUGCUCAUUAAUAACAGCCCUCCUUGUUUCCCUACAAACCCUUUAUCAGAAGAAAUGAUUAACUUGAUCUUGAGAGAUCUCAGAAAAAAUAUUAGAGAUAAAAAAAUAACAUUCAAAUAAUUAUUUGAUUUACUAGAUACAGAUAAAAAUGGUAUGAUUUCUUGCAGUGAAUUUAUGGAUGGUUUAGAUAAAUAUAUUUUGCUUUCUUAGCCUGUUAAGGAUGGUUUUUUUGCUUAUAUGGAUAAAUUGCAUAUAGGAAUGAUAGAUAUUAGCAACUUUUUAAAAGUUCUUGAAAAGAGUGUCAAAGAAAAUGCAUAAGAUCAAGUGACAGAAGAUAACUGGAAUUGGUAGAAUUUAAUGGUGUAGAGAAUAUUUGAGUGGUACUCAAAAGGACAUUUCACAUCAGAAGAGGAAGCAUUUAGAGUUAUUGACUUUGAAUACAAAGGAUUUGUUGAUGUUCAAGAUUUUAAAAAAUUUCUAAGAGAUGUCUUAAAAAUAAAAGAAAAUGAACUAACAAUUGCUAGAGUGAAUAGACUAUUUAAGAUAAUAGAUUUUUACAAAUCUGGAAGAAUAGGAAUUAUAGACUUUAUUAAGUUUGUAAAGUAGCAAUAAGAAUUAUAGUAAGCUAUUUAAAAUUCUAGAUCUUUGAAUAAGUCAGACAUUCAACCAAUUAAAAGAUCAUAUUCAACUUAAAAUUAAAGAAAUAUAUCAUCUUCCUCAAGCAAAUAAAGUGACUCAUAAUAAAUUGAAAUAUUGAAUGUUGAUUGGAAAAAAUCUGUUUCGCAAUAGUUAGGUCUUUACAUAUCAAAACACUAUCCAUCGAUAUAGGCUAACUUUGAAAAUGUAAGCUAAUACAAGAAGAAAAUAACAUUUGAUUAAUUUUAAUCAUGGGUAGAAAAGAGCAAUUCCCUGCAAGGGUUUGAUUUGACAAACACUCUUUUGUAAGAACUUUUUGCUUAUUUUGAUCCUCAUAAGAAGGGCUUUCUUACAGAAUCGGAUUGGAUAAACUAAUUUGGACACAUAAACUGGAAAAAGCAAAUGGUAGAAGAACUUAGAAAUUUGAUCUACCUCCACUUUAGUAAAAAGUCUUAGGCAAAAGAAGCUUUUGAAUUCUUUUUAACCCGUAAUGACAAUCCAGAUAAUUAGAAAUUGAUUUACCUAUCUGGUUUCUAUAAGGGUAUUAACUAUUUGUAUCCAAAGAGAUUCACAUUUGAUGAAAUUAGCUAAGUUUGGGAUAGAGAAAUAAAUUAAUUUUCAUAAUUAGGAAUGGAUUUCAAUAAAUUUUUAGGAUUUAUAAUUAAGAAUUUUAAUAACAAUAUUUAAAGUAGUGAAAGUACAAGUAAAACAAACAACCAAAAUAGUUAAAUAUUCUAAUCUCAAUAAAGUCUUACAAAAAAUAUAGACAUAUUUGACUCAAAAAUUGAUAGUAUUAGAUUUAGAUCAUAUACACCUAUCACAGUGACUGGCUCUAAAGUUAGCUAAUCUCCAAAGAGGUAAUCAAGAUAAAAAGAACAAAAUCUUAGGUAAAUAAUAUAAGGUCCAAAAUAUGUCUCACCAAUAAAACGAAACAUGUCAGAUCUUAAAAAGUAAGAUUUGGCUAAUAAUAUUUCAUAGAAUUUAUAGCCAAGAUUGGUAGGAAUAAAGAAUACCAGCUUUUUUAUGGACAAAUCGGAUUUAAAUGAUUAUUACAAUUCAUUAUCAAGAAGUAAUUUAACUGGUAAUAUAACAUAGCAAAACUCAAACAGUGUGCAACAAAAUUUAUCCAGCGUUUACACUCGUGAAUCUGGAAGUUUUCUUCAAUAGCAAGGAGAAAUCCUUAUAUAAAAACUUAAAAGAAUAAUUAGGUCAUCUUCAUAAAUUGACUUAGAAGAAAUACUCAAUAAAAACGACAUAGCUUAGUCAGGAUAUUUAACUAACAAUCAAUUUAAAAAGGCUCUUAGUGAGUUAAAUCUUGGACUAAAAAGUUAGGAAAUAUUCUUUUUAAUCAAUCUAUGCGGUUUAGAUGGACGUCUUUAGAUUAAAAAAUUUAUUGAGCUGCUAUAAAAAAGUGACGAAGAUGAUAUAAUAGUUAAGAGAUGCAAAACUAAGUUGAAGUAAAUUUCAAGCAAAAUUUAUAAGUAUAUGAUAUCCCCAGUAGAUGCAUUUAGAUAGUUUAAUCAAAAAGGAGAUGGCAAAAUGAGUCUCCAAGAGUUUGAAGCUCUUAUUAAUAAGCUUUAAACGUUAAAUGGAGAACCUGAAGAAGGAUUGUCAGUAAUUAAAGAUAUGUUUGGAUUUCUUGAUAGAAACUAAGAUGGUUUUAUUGACUCUACAGAAUGGAAUGAUGUUCUCAGCAAUUUAAAUACCCCUUAAUUCUAUUUAGGAAGAGUCAAUAAUGAGGAUAAUAUAUAAUAAGGAACUGGUGAAGGUUUGACUAGAUAGAAGAAGUAUCGUUCUAUGAGCAAUACUUAUCAUAUUAAGUAAUACCAUCAUGGUAGAACAGAUUAAAAUUAUGAAGCUUUACAAUAAAAGUCGAUCAUUUAACUCAAAGGAAAGUAAAAUGACGAACUACAAGAAAGGAAUAAGUCAUUAGAAAAAAAUUCAGUUUUUAGAAUUACAUCAAACAUCACUUAAAAUAGCGAAAGGAAUAAAUAAAAGUUAGCAACACAAAUAAAAUAAUCAUUAGAUGUUAAAGAUCAUGAUUUAAUUCUUAAUGUAUUGGCAAAAAAUAGAAAAUAUUUAUUAGAUUUAUUUUAAUCGUAUAAUUAAGCAAAUAUUCCUAUCACAUAUGAUCUGGCUAAAUCGCUUAUUAUGAAAAUUUUAAAUAGCUAGGGAAUUUAAAUUGCGGAUUCUAUAGUUUCAUAAUUUAUAAAAUUUGCAGAAAGAGAUGGAAUCAUAGAUUAUAAACUUCUUUUAGAAGUGUAUAAAGAUCGUUUAUAAACUGCAAAUUAAUUAAUAAAGAAUUGA